UGCAAGCUUUUGUUGAUAUAAAAUCACUAUUUUUGGCGGACUUCGUUUCUUCGUCUUUAGUGAGUAAAAACAAUACGUACGUAGGUACUUAUGGUAUGAGUGAUGUUAUAUUGUGACGAGUUUCUGACCACUAAUAAUGAACUGAUAAAAGAACUUAACACGAACCAGACCGGUUUAAUGAUAAAUUAUCGUCCUCGUUUUUCAAGAAUGAAGAGAUAUAAAACACAGUUUUGGUAGCAUGAAUAGUGUUCGUCAAGAACAUCCAUCAGAACACGAAGAUUUGACUAUGAGGAGAUGGACAUUUAUUUGCGGUACCGUGACAGCUAUGGCAGCUGUUUUGGUCUUCUUGGGAGUAGGAAUAAAAGCAAUCCACGUCAGUGGAAUUCCCGACAGAGAACUGAAAAUGGUCCAUAUAGUUAUGAGACACGGUGCUAGAACUCCUGUCAGUACUUAUCCCAACGACCCCUACAAAAAUGAUCCAUUAUACCCCACUGGAUGGGGACAACUAACCAACGAAGGUAAAAAAGCUUUAUACGAAAUAGGAAAAUACUACAGGGAACGAUAUGGGAAAUUCCUUGGAGACAAAUACUCACCCGACGAAUACUACACCCAAUCAACAGACGUAGACAGAACGAAAGCAAGUAUGAUGUUGGUAAAUGCCGGAUUAUGGCCCCCCAAAGGUGAACAAGUAUGGGGACCCUUGGACUGGCAACCAAUCCCAGUUGCUUCUGAACCUCUAUCACAAGACAUGCUUUUACUUGUAAGAAAACCUUGUCCCAAAUACCACGUUGAGAAGAAGAAAGUUUUUGAAUCGAAAGAAGUCAAAGAUAUGCUUAGUAAAUAUGAAGAUCUCUACAAAGAAUUGACAGACAUCACAGGUCAGAAAACUGAAGAUUUUGAAGGGGUUCAGGAUAUUUAUACUACUCUCAUGGCUGAGGAGAAAUUCCACCUAAAAUUACCUGACUGGACUAAAAAUUAUUAUCCCGAUAGGAUGUAUUUCCCCACAGUAAGAAGCUUUGUAUUGAAUGCAUACAAUGACCAGAUGAACAGGCUGAUUGGAGGUGUAUUGGUAAAAAAACUUAUCGAAGACUGGUCAGCUAAAUCUGAAGGCAAGCUAGCGAGGAAAGCUGUCUUGUACGGAGGUCAUGACGGAACCAUCGUUAAUCUGAUGAGUGCUUUGAAAGUUUGGGAUGAACAGGUACCUGAUUACGCAAUUUCAAUCCUAUUCGAACUGUCUAAGGAUAGAUCAACAAAUGAAUAUGGAGUUGAGAUUUACUUAAGAAACACAACCGUAGUGCCUCCAUUUAAACUAAGAAUUCCUGGAUGUGACAGUUUUUGUCCAUUGACCAAACUUAAAGAGCUCACCAAGAGUAUCAUCCCUGGAAACUGGGAGGAAGAAUGUAAAGUAGAUGAUGAAGGAUUUGUUGUACCUGAAUUAAGAGGACCAUAGUGAUAUUAGUUUUAAGCAAAUGUGUAUAUAAUACAUUUUUUCAAUACAAGUUUUAUAUUAAAUCAAAGAA